AUGGGUCUCGUGCAGAAAGCCGAGGAGAUCUUCACCGGCCACACCAGCUCCACAAGCCACAACAACAGCAACUCUGCCAACAACGGCCCUCACAGCUCCAGCCUAGCAAACAAGCUUGAUCCUCGCGUGGAUAGCGACCGUGAUAACCGUGCUCGCCAUGAAGCUAUCGGAGGUGCUGCUGGCCCACACAGCAGUGACAUGGCCAACAAGCUUGACCCACGAGUCGAUAGUGAUCGAGACAACCGUGCUGCCCAUGUAAACCCACCCGGUGGUACUACUGGCCCCCACAGCUCCAACUUGGCAAACAAGAUGGAUCCCCGCGUGGAUGCCAACAAGACAAGCCGUGUACCCGGCCAGAAUGUUUCCGGUGGAUUCUACGACACAACUGGCACCACAGGCACUACCACUGGCCCCCACAGCUCAAACCUAGCCAACAAGAUUGAUCCUCGCGUUGACUCGGAUGCGAGUAACCGUGUCGGUACUGGUGCUGGCACCACUGGCUUCGGUACGAGCACUUACGAUGCUGCUCCAACAUCCACAAUGGCCGGACAUGGAGGCAACACCUACAACACUGGCUCAACCACCACUGGACCCCACAGCUCUAACUUGGCCAACAAGGCGGACCCUCGCGUCGCCUCCGACUUUGACCGUGCUCGCGUUGGUACCAUUGGUACCGAUACUUAUGACACCGGACAUGGAGGUAACACCUUCAACUCGGGCUCGACCAAUGCCGGCCCCCAUAGCUCCAACCUAGCCAACAAGAUGGAUCCUCGCGUCGACUCCGAUUUGGAUAGCAGAGCUCCGGGUGCCAGCACCCUCGCGGGUAGCAGCUACAACAACCCCACCACUGGAGGUACGACGGCUGCUCCCCACUCUUCCCACCUGGCAAACAAGGUCGACCCCCGUGUGGAUUCUGAUCUUGACAGAGGCGCACCCGGAGUCCAGCGUACCUUUUAA